ACUGUUUUCUAGAUUUAUACGUUACGAUAGUCUUUCAGGUUGGGUACUUCCUUGUCAUGUGGAGAUCUUGGUAAUUGGAAGAUCAUCUGUAAUUAAUUUGUUAUAUCGGGAAGUUUUGUUAUAUUCCGCUCUCAUGUUAAUAUCGCAAAGAAUGGUACCUACGGACGCGGUCAUACACUUUAAGUUUAAAAAUGCGCUGGAAACCGAGAAAUUCCCUUUUUCUGGAGCAUCGACCAGUGUCAGGGAACUGAAGCAGUUUAUCAGCCAGAAACACAAGCUGGAUCAGAAGAGUUCAAGGCCCGAUAAAAGUCAGACUCCGUCGGAACUCUCGCUGGAGAACGCUGCUACAGGGGAAGUGUAUGUAUCGGACGAUGCAGAGAUUCCCAAAGAUACUGUGAUAACUGUGGCCAGGAAACUGGCUGGUGCAGAAGCGGAAGGACCUGAGGAACCCAAACAGCCCGCUGCGGCCGCGCCAGCAGAAGCAGCGCCUGUGGAGAAGCAAGUGGCCGAGAAACCAGUCACUGCUCCUGGUGAUGUACCAUAUUAUCAUAGUAAUAGUGCAUAUAAUCAGUAUCAAGGUCAACAGGACCCUACAUUUGAAAAAAUGGGUUUUCCUGGUGUGAUUACUGAGAGUACGGAUAUUUCGGAAAUGGAUGAAUAUACAGAGGAGCAGAAGAUAUUCGCGAUGAUGUAUCAGUGUUUAUUAUUUUAUGAUCACACUGCAUAUGUUUCCAAACCUCGACAGAGUGUUUAUUGUUCGCACUGCAAGAUCGCUGGCAGUCACAAUACGAAGUUUUGUCCGAAUACUCAGGAUGUGGGAAUUAUAGCUGGUGGACGCCGGAAUGCUCAGAGAGCCCCUACCGUGGCGCCCACGACUGUCACUACGAAUCCGACGGCGUAUGCUAGUGUGCCGGACGACAGUUACGAAAGGGAAGACAUAGAUCCGGAUCUGUGUUGCAAUAUUUGUAAAAACCUUCUCCGGGAUGCCGUGAUUGCGCCCUGUUGCGGUGUCAACUAUUGCGAUGCAUGCAUCCGAACUACGUUGAUGGACGAAGGAGGAGAAAGUGUCUGCCCGAGUUGUGGAGCUCAGUUAGCGCCCGAUGCGUGUUCACCUAAUGGUUAUCUGCGCAGUCGUGUCGAAAAAUGGGAACGGGAAAUGCAGAUUAAGCGACAACAGAAGAAAAAGGAGGGCUCACCACAGUCAGUUGGAAAUAAAAUAAAUACCACCAAGGAAGAAAAGCCUGUACCGACUCCAAAAGAGUCUCCUUUGACAAAUUCCGUUAGUACCGCACCGCCGCCUGUUCGAACAAAUCAGCCGGGACGAACGGUCAACGUGAAACCGGAAAUGCAUAGUGCUGCCUCGAGGAAUGCUGCGUCGGAUAAUCAUUCAGAAGCCAAACCCAUUGGGUCAUUGAUCUCUACAACUACCCAUAAAAUCCCUCCACACAUUCCUACGAACGUGUUCCACCAGCAGCAGCAGUCGCAACAGACAACGGCGCAGCCUCAGAAUCAGCAGGCGAUGGCAUCGACGGAAGCCAGAAGAGGCAGUUUCCCGGCUAACCCUCAGGCUGCUGCCAGUCUCGCACCUUAUUUAGCGGCUAAUGCUCGUAUGGCUGGUAGGCAGCCGCCGAUGAACUUCUUCCCGGGGAUGAAUCAGUUUGUCGAUGGGGCAGGUUUCGGUUACCUAAACCCUGCGUUUCGUAACCCAAUGUCUGCAGCUGCUUCAGCGGCCUUUGGAAUGCGUGGAGGAAUGGGUAAUCGGAUGCCAUAUGGAUUAACACCGGAUAUGAAUCGUUUUCCUAUGUUUCCGGGUCAACAGACUGCGGAGAUGUAUGAACGAUCGCUACGAUUUGGAAAUACUGCGCCUUCGAAUAUUCUUCCCUCUGGGCAGACACUGCGUAUUACGAGAAUCAUGAACCAGAAAGCUCCGGUGCAGUCGCCGUACGAUUCCGACUCACCUACUCGCACCGAUAAACUGCGUGACAAAGACAAGGAUGAUUAUCGCAGGGAUAAAGAAGAAGAUCGUCGCCGUGACAUUAAGCCGUAUGAUUCUAAGUACGACGACCGGAAAGAUCGCCGAGAUGAUAGAAAGAAGCGGGAGGGUAGUUAUAAGUCCGAUGCCGAGGAUCGGCGAAGUUCCGAACGCCGUCAUUCUAGAGAAAAACGUUUCCGCAACGAUUCACGGUCACCGGAUCGGAAGGAUUUGCGCAUGCGAAAGGAUAUUCGAAUAAAAAGAUCGGAUGACGUCAAGUAUGAUCGCUUGGCCGAAAAGGAAGCACGUCGGGAUAAGCGCAACACCGAGACGCCGAAGUCAGAAAAAACUGUCAGCCCGCCAUCGAAACCAAGGUAUGAACGGAUAGAGCCGUCACCUGUUGUAUCCGAGCCGAAGGAGAAGGACAUAGAAAUAGUCCCUGUCAAGAGCGAGAAGCUGCCAACCAUGGAGGAACCAAAAAUACCCGACGUUAUAAAAACUGUGGAAAAGGUUCCAGAUGAGGAGGCUAUUCGCAAAGAUCGCGAAGAACGCGAGAAAAAGGAAAAAGAGGUUCGCGAGCAGGAGAAACGGCUUAAAAAAGAGGAACAACGUCGUCGUCGGGAAAAACGGGAGGAAGAGGAAAAACGACGCGCACAGGAUAAGCGGGAACGCGAUCUGGAGCAGAGAGCAAAACAGUUGGAGCAGUUGGCCAAGGAGCUGGAACGACAACAACAGGAAAUGCAGAAUAUGAAAGGGCAGAUGACUACAGCUGCCACACCUGUGGUUGUCAAAGAAGCAGUCGAUAUGGCAGAGCUCCAGAAGAAGGCCUUCGGGAAAUGGGAGAACGAUCCGGAAGAUGAGAGAACAGGUGGUCCCAUCAGACCUGCAGGAGAGGGUAUAAGUCAUGGGGAAAGCGUUGAAGAAUCAUCGAAAGGCUACCCCGAAGACAGGAGAUCGCAUAAAUCUCGUUCGAAAAAGGAGAAAAAGGCUGCCAAGGCAUCGAAGGAAAGAAUUGAGGGGCCGAGUGGUGAAGUUGGAGAAAAGAAAGCUCGGCGGAAGCACCGGGAAGGCGAUGGUGUGGAGAGAGAGCGGGUGAAACGGGAAAGAAAUCGCCAGGAUGAAGAUGGUUUACAAGAGUCGCGCGACGGUGAUGAGCGGAAAGAUAAAGCCGGUGAUUAUCGAAAGCAGAAGACUUCGCGGUCCAGACGCGACGAAUCAAUGCGGUCUUCGCGCGAAAAGAGACUACGCAGUCCAUCGAUGGAUCACAAAGAGGAGAGAGCUUUUAAACGGCUGGAUUCGAAGACUUCGGAAUUUGACGAGGGGAAAAGCAGGGAACGGCGUUCCCAUCGACGGGAGGGGGAUGAAGAAAAAUCGCGGAAGCCCUCAAGGUCCAAGAAGGAUAAAAGCAGAUCCUCCCGACGAGCGGACGAAAGGGGAAAAGUGAAAGAUCGUGAUUCAGAUAUACCCGUGUCUUCGUACUCGCGACUGGACGACGAGGAAACGGAGAUCAAGAGUGCAAGUGGCGAUUUUUCUGGGCGGAAGUUGGACCGCAUUAGUGGUGAAAGCGAAAAGAAAGAGCGAUCCAGUGAGAAACGGGAGCGACAUAAAUCCUCAAAGAAAAGGGAGAAGUCCUCCAGAGAAAAGCGCCCCCGUGAUGGCGAAAAUAUAGAGGAAAGGGAUCCACGAAAGAAGCAUAAGAAGCGCAGGAAAAGAGACAAAAAGGAUGCGAUUGAAGUGGAGAGCGCAUCGGCUGAAGCAGAGUGUAAGAAUCAAGUUGCUGAUCAAAGUUUCUUCUCCAGACUGUUUGUUCGCUUGAAUCCACGUACAUUGUAUAAAAUGUCUCAACGACGUCUUCGAGCCAAAGGACAAUUAGUUAAUCAGGAAAAACAACCGGGUAAAAAAAUUGCUGGGUCAACUGACGAUUGGUGGGAGGCCUUUCGCGGUAUAAGUGAACUUAUGCAGAUGUUGUAUUCCAUACUGCCAAAACAAGGAAAACGGCUGAAAAAACUCAAUCUGUCGUGAUUGGUUGUGGCUUUUGUUGGAAUGUUUACGUUAUAUUCGUCUUAGCUAAGACUUGUCUUUGUACUCUUGAACCUAGAUUCGGUUAUUUACUUUUUUGCUUGCGCUUUAGUGUUUAAUUCCUCGUUUUUUCUGUUAGAUUACUUGUGCUCGCUUUUGUUAUGGUAUGUCGGUACGUGUGUGAGUUUUAUCUGGUCUUAGAAAUUUUGGAAAUAAAAAACAGCACCCGGAA